AUGGUGAAGCCGGAAUUCAUUCGAGCGGCUCAGCGUUUGAAAAAAGAUGGUAUUGAUGGUGUUUUGGCUACUCUUGAUGCUACAACCAAUAAGCAUGAAGAUAGCAGAGCGAUACAAAGUGGAAGGAUAUCCUACUUUUGCAUACUUCAAGAACGGAAACUGAUAAAUGCAUUGCACUAUGAAUUAUUAUAUUGCAGUCCAGUGGAACCCCCUCCUCCCGAACUUCCAUGGAGCCAACAGUCUGAUGGAAGGAAUGUGUUGCAUCUAACAGCGAAGAAUUUCAAAACUGAACUUAAAAGGAAAAAGCACGCUCUGAUAAUUUUUUACGCUCCUUGGUGUGGUUACUGCAAAAGAGCAAAGCCUAAAUUUUUCGAAGCUUCUAAAAUACUUGCUGCUGAUGCACGGGUCGUUUUGGGCGCUGUUGAUUGUACGAUUGAGAAAUCUUUGUGUCAAGAAUAUAAAAUAGAGGGAUUUCCAACAAUCAUUUAUCUGUCAUAUGGCAAAAAUCGUAUCGAUUACCUUGGCGAACAUGAAACAGCAUCAUUCAUUAGUUUCAUAGAAAGUGGUGGACAAAUCUCGAAACCGCAAAGUUUUGCUCCCAAAUUUGACUUUGGAAACGCAGUGACAGUUCUGGAUGAGAACAAUUUCGAUAGGAUUACGAGUAGUGGAAAUGUUUUUGUAAUGUUCUUCUCGCCGUGGUGCAGACAUUGCGAAACAGUAAAACCAGCAUUCCGUGAAGCUGCAGAACAGUCUCACUUUGGCAAAUUCGCCGUCGUCGAUUGCAUUGCUUGGAGUGAUCUUUGUGAGAGUCAAAGCGUGAAAGGCUAUCCGACUUUCCAGAUAUUUGUUAACGGUGUUCAGCAUGAUUAUAGUGGUAAUCGCACUUCAUCCGAUUUCACUACUGCUUUUAUGAAGGCAGUUGCAUCAGCUAAAAUUGAUUUAUAA